UCGACUAAGCAAACUUCAAUUGUUACCAUCACUUCACCUUCUCUUUUGACUCUCCCCUCCAUCUUGACCCUUUGACCCUUGUGAAUUUACUCUUCCACGGUCUUUCCAACCCUAGCCUUUUACCUCUCGCAGCGUUUCUUCGCCCUCAAACUUCGACAACUUCCAACCUGGCGCCCUACAUGUCUUACGGUGGCGGCUACGGUUCGUCGCGCGACGGCGGCUAUUCCAACGGUUACUCUGGUGGUCAAGGCUACUCGAACGGUCAUUCCAAUGGUUACUCCGGCGGCCACGGCGGCUCGAACGGUUACUCUGGCGGAGGUGGUGGCGGUGACAGAAUGUCCAACUUGGGUGCAGGUCUGAAACAACAACACUGGGAUCUCGCUACUUUGCCCAAGUUUGAAAAAUCAUUCUACAAGGAGGAUCCUGCCGUCACAAGCCGAUCACAGCGAGACGUCGAUGAAUUCCGCCGCAAGAAAGAGAUCACAAUCCAAGGUCGAAAUGUUCCACGUCCGGUCGAAACCUUUGAUGAGGCUGGCUUUCCGGCAUAUGUCAUGUCCGAGGUCAAGGCCCAAGGCUUCCCUCACCCUACAGCUAUCCAGUCACAAGGCUGGCCCAUGGCUCUUUCUGGACGCGAUGUCGUCGGUAUUGCCGAGACCGGAUCCGGAAAGACCUUGACAUACUGUCUUCCCGCGAUUGUUCACAUCAACGCACAGCCCCUCCUUGCUCCUGGUGACGGUCCGAUCGUUCUGGUCCUCGCGCCUACCCGAGAGCUCGCGGUUCAAAUUCAACAAGAAAUGACCAAAUUCGGCAAAUCUUCUCGCAUCCGAAACACGUGUGUGUACGGUGGUGUCCCGAAAGGUGGUCAAAUUCGUGACCUUUCGAGGGGAGUGGAAGUUUGCAUUGCUACUCCUGGUCGACUCAUCGACAUGCUUGAAUCCGGAAAGACAAACUUGCGCCGUGUGACUUAUCUAGUUCUCGACGAAGCUGAUCGUAUGCUUGACAUGGGGUUUGAGCCUCAGAUCCGAAAGAUCAUCGGUCAGAUUCGUCCCGACAGACAAACAUGCAUGUGGUCCGCAACUUGGCCCAAGGACGUCCGUCAGCUAGCUUCCGACUUCUUGAACGACUUUAUCCAAGUCAACAUCGGCUCCAUGGAUCUGUCUGCCAAUCGCCGCAUUACUCAGGUCGUCGAAGUAGUGUCCGAAUUCGAGAAGCGUGAUCGUAUGAUCAAACAUCUCGAGCAGAUCAUGGAAGAUCGCAGCAACAAAAUCUUGAUCUUUACAGGAACCAAACGCGUUGCUGAUGACAUCACCCGCUUUCUCCGACAAGAUGGCUGGCCUGCACUUUCCAUUCAUGGUGACAAGCAACAGAACGAACGUGAUUGGGUUUUGAAUGAAUUCAAGAACGGCAAAAGCCCCAUCAUGGUUGCUACGGACGUCGCGUCUCGUGGUAUUGGUAUGAACAAACAAAUCCCCCUCCCCAUCCCCUUUCUUUUCCUUUAUCUCUCUCUUAUUUUGCAUUUCUUACCAUUGCCGUCGUGUGACAUGGUGCGCGCUCUCUUGCUCGUUACGUUCUCUGAAACAGGCGUAACUUGGUCCAGGCUUUUGUUUCCUCUCUGGUCUUUCUUAGGACAAUCUUGGGUUCCCAUUGCAGUUUGCCAGGCUCCGGCUCUUUGGCUUUCACGUCUGCUACGUUUAAAACGAGUAGGUCGUGGAACAUUUUUCUUGACCAUAUCAAGCUGCAAAUCCAGGAUUCUCAUCCAAGGACCGUAGACGAAUGCCGACACACCAGGACAUUGGACAUUGGACAUUAGACACCCACAAGGAUAAUGCUCCGAGUUUAUGAGAGAGUGAUAUGCAUCUCCGGCUCACACGACCACACAUGGUCCCCAACGCCUCGUAAGACUGCCAUUGGCUUGUUUGCUAACCUAUACUUCAAGAUGUGCGAGACAUUACUCAUGUGUUCAACUAUGAUUACCCCAACAACUCGGAGGAUUACGUUCACCGUAUUGGUCGAACAGGUCGUGCAGGACGGUUGGGUACCGCCAUCACGCUUUUCACCACUGAAAAUGCCAAGCAAGCUCGCGACUUGGUGAACAUUCUGCAAGAAGCGAAGCAGAACAUCGACCCUCGUCUCGCAGAAAUGGGACGCUACUCUGGCGGUGGCGGUGGCGGUCGAGGAUAUGGACGUGGAGGCCAUCGCGGUGGUCGUGGUGGUUUCACUGCUUCCAAUGCCGCACCUCUGGGCCGCAGCCGCUGGUAGAGGUGUUCGUGCUUCUCGUGACUAUGACCGACACAGCGUGCUGUCGGAUCUGCUUAUCCAUUUUGCAUCACCGGAGCUUUUUCUUAACGGUUUCUUUAAACUUAUGGGUAACCCUGAUAGAUCUUGUCGAUAUUCACAUUGGGGUUCAGGCGUUGAGUUUCAUUGGGGAGAGAGAAUAUUUGCCUCGGCCGGGGGAUGAUUCCUCUCAUUUCGAUCAACAGAGCUUGACGAUUGUCAGCCACAAAAAUUGGGUCGACAUGAAAGUGGCGAGCAAAUGGUGAUAGACUUGGUGGCCAUGAUGAUGCAGAGGAUGAUCUGGCAUGGCACAAGCACACAAGCAUAAGCAUGAGCAUUGAUUUUCAAGGAAUAGAGAUAGAACCUUUUGCUCUACAAGACCGUGUGUAUAUGUACGUUGAAUUCAGAAAUUAUGAUCCUUGAAGAAGA